GGGAUAAACACAACGAGGGAGGAAAGGAAGGAAGCGAAGGAAAGACUAUCUGCUGAAGAAACCAUGCACAUGUUUGAGGAUUUAAUUCAAUGAUCAAAUCAUCAUUUUCUCGAGGAAGGAGGAGGAAGAGGAUUCGCUUUUAAAUGUCGUAAAGGAGAAAUCUGCAGAGGGAAACAUAUUCUUACUGUCAAACCCAUCGGUGCCACACGAGGACCGUCACUUUGGCUUGAAGUGAGUCUUUUGAACACAAUUAUCACAGUUUUUUUUUUUUUUGUGUAAGAUUGAGGCUGCUGUGUGACCGCGCGAGGUAACGUUUCGUAAUGAUAUCAAACUGAAAGGAAGGAAGGAUUUUUUUUUUUCAAACCUCCGUCUACAGAAGCCUGCUCGCCGUUUUCCUGCUUGCUGCUGCUGCUGCUGGAGUGUAAGAAUAGUUGUUCUUGUCUGAUCGCUUUGACUCAUGAUUCGGGGUUAUGCUGGGAACCCGCCGCCCUGCCUGCCACGGAGAGGAGCACUAGCGGGGGCUUUUUUUUUUUUUUUUUUUGCCUUUUCCUCAGCGACCCCUCUCUCUUUCGUCUGCGGCCCGUUUAAUACGAGAGCAACAGAGGGAUUAAACAUUCCUGCUCGCAGCGCCUGUUUGUGCGAGGCAGACUGGGUUACAUUGUGAGAGGAACGGGUUGUGGUAAGAAAGGAGGCUAUAAAUAGCUCAUGCAAUUCUCGAAAACUAUCACAAGUGGUGCAUCAGCCUGUGGAGCAGACGGAACCAAGAGAUCCCGCAUGUAAUGUCUCGCUUUUAAGUUGAUUGUCACUCUGAGCGUUUGAACGGGGGACAUUUUUUUUUUUUAACAGAAGUUUCGACUCUGAAUUUUUCAUCUUUUUUUUUUUUUUCUGGGCUGUUCUCCGGAGCGGGAGAAAAGCGUAACCCUCAUGGAUUAUUGCUCUUUUAUUGAUCAAACUAUCCGCGGACAGACUGACAUGGAAACGGGCUGAUCUUCUUGUACGUUUGGAUUGAAAUGGAUACAUUUGUGAGCCCUCCGCCUUUGACAGUGAUCACAUUUGGAACCGCCUGACCUGGAUUGUAACAAUGUUUUGAUCCCCGGAUUUACAUUACAACAUUAUAUCCGCUUGGGGCUUCAUGGAUGCGCCCUGCACUUCUUUCUGAAAACGCCCAAUUCCUCGUCUCUUAUCCGGACGUCUGGUGAGGGUUCUAAUCCUGCUCGUUUUACGGAAAUACAUUUGUCAGCCCUGCUCGGUGUUUGGUACCGAUGUAGGAUUUCGACAUGCCCAGCGCUGACGACCCCAACGGCGGACGAUUAUGACUACAACAGCGAAUUGGGUGGCUAACGGGGCAAGCCUUGAGGACUGCCACUCCAACAUCUUCUCUCUGGCCGAGUUAACGGGCAUUAAAUGGCGCUGCUACUGUUUCCGCAGCGGAGGGGAGUACGGCCCAGUGAUCUCGGCCCCGGCCCAGGACGACCCAGUCCUGCGCAGCUUCAUGCGCUGUGUCCAGGCCAACCUGCUGUGCGUGUGGCGACGCAAGAUCAAACCCGACGCCAAGGAGCUAUGGAUCUUCUGGUGGGGCGAAGAGCCCAACCUGUCAGAUGUCAUUCAUCACGAGCUGGAAGUUGCUGAGGAGGGGCUGUGGGAGUGCGGGCUUUCAUACGAGUGCAGGACCCUCCUGUUCAAGGCCAUACACAACCUGCUGGAGAGAUGUUUGAUGGAUAAAGGUUUCGUGAGGAUCGGGAAGUGGUUUUUCAAGCCACAUGAACUGGAGGAAAAGUCUCUGGGCAACAGUGAGCACCUCUCCUGCUCCUUCUCCUUCUUCCUCCACGGGGAGAGCAAUGUGUGCACCAGUGUGGAGAUCGCCCAGCACCAACCUGCGCACCACGUCACAGAGCACCACAUCGAGCUGGCACAGACCUCCGUCACUCCAGUACAAGUGAUCCUGAGUCCGUACGGCCUGAGCGGCACUCUCACAGGUCAGGCCUUUAAGAUGAGCGAUCCAGCGACGCGCAAGCUGAUGGAGGAGUGGAGCUACUUUUACCCGAUGGUACUACAGCAGAAAGAGGAGAGCAGAGAAAAGGAGAAAGAGGAAGGAAGCCGUGCUUAUGAUAGCAACCGUCACGUGGCAGUCGAGGUCAUAGUAGGAGGUGUACGGAUGACCUACCCAGCUGCUUUGGUUCUGAUCGCCCAGGGGGACCUCCCAGUGGAGCAGCCUCCACCUGUUCCUGCAGCUCAGGGCCUCCACAGGGAGCCGAACCACUGCUGUGUGCCGCUCACACCACCCACAUCCCCACAGCAGCCCUGCUCAGCGGACAGCGGCUUUGUGACCUCCGUCUCCAGCGUCCUCACACCAGACAGCAGCAUCGGGAUCCCCAGCAUCAGCCCAAAGCAUUCUGGGAAGAAGCUAACCUGUCAGGUAGUGCACCAAGCCUGGAAGGAGUGCUAUCUCAACCAGCCACAUUAUGUACACAAUCAUCCAACUGAUGCCACACCGAAGAAAGAGGUGCCAAACGGGGUGACUACAUGGGACUUCAACGAUCUGGGAGUGAGAUCGUCCUGCAGCUGCUCCAGGUUGAAGCAGCAGAAGCAGAAUAUGUCCACCACAUCCACUGCCAACCCUCAGACCAGUGCCAACCCCCCUCAGUCCUCAGGCCCGUCUUCAUACCCCGCUUCCCUGCCCAAACACAAGACCAGCGACAAGACAGAGAAGGCAGACAAACAGUCCAAGAGGCCGGCCACCAUCCCCUUUCACCACCGCGUCUCCAUCACGCAGGAGACCCCUCUCGAGCAGGACUCAACAGGAGGGCCCCAGCUUGGAGGUCUUGUAGCUCUUGAGCCCCCCUUGGAGCCACUGGCUGCUCUGCCAAGCUGUAAAUUUCCCAAACCACUUUCAAACAGCAGAAAAGCCUCUGAGUCCCUUCUUCAUUCACCAAUGUCUCCACUUCCACCCACGUUAAGCCCACACCCGAGAGUGCAGGACCAAGAGGUGCUCGAUGGGCCUGUGGAUAUGUCUGUUUGCCAGGAUGGGGCUUCAGGGAUGGGGCUGAUAACCAGCGAGACGGCGGUAUAUACGGCCCUUCUCAGGCAGCGGGAGAGUGGGGGUGGCUGGUGGAGAGGCUUUAGAACUCCCCGAACUGAUAAGACUGACUGCAGACCCCCCGAAAUUCCCGCUGAUAAGUCAGAGGAACUGAAGACGGAUACAGCCGCAGAGGGAGCGCCGCUAAAGAGACUGUAUACACAGACUCACAAGAGAUUUAAAAUCUCAGAGGAGAGGGUGAAGGACCACAUUCACACAUUGGGCCUCUACCAGCAGCCCGGUAUCGAGGCUCUGAGGGAGCCAGGGGACGAUCCAUAUGACUUUAAGGAAGGAGACAUUGAGUACACUUUCUCCACCUCCAAGAGGUUAAAGGGUCAGGGGCGAGAGCCCAGCAAGAAGGUCAAGCAGGGAGAAGAAAUCACCAGCAAUGGAGCACUGCCUGAUGGGAAAGACGCCAUGUCCAUUUUUAACUCUGCUCCAAAAUCAGAUGACUCAAGUCAGGAUGACGGAGCUGCCAAAGCAAACCCUUCUCUGACCAGAGAGAAAGAUCUGGUGGUGAACAUCUCUGAUCUGGAUAACAUAUUUGAUGAAGACGAGGAUGAGUUGGGGCAUUCAACCAAGCCACAAGUAUCAACAGAAGAUCGCCCCCUGGGGAAAGAAGGCAGAGUUGCUGUACCUUAUCCAUCAACAGUAGCAGACCUCCAGCGGAUGUUUCCCACCCCUCCUUCCUUAGAACAGCACCCAGCCUUCUCUCCAAUCAUGACGUAUCGUGACACCCCGAGCCAGGAGCCCCCCGCACCCAGCGGACCAUUGGACCACAUGCCGCCUUUAGCCUGCACCCAGAUAAUGGAAUACAGGAUGGAUUUUGACGAGGGCAUGGUCAGUCCACGGCUGGAAGAUAUCAAGCCACAUAUAGGCUCCUCCAUGUUUGCUCCACUAUCCUGCCUACCCAGCCAGAGUCUACCACCGCUUAAGAUUCCAGAUCAAUGUUACUACCGUCCAUCAUGGGCCCUCAUGCCCAAAAUGGAGCAUUUCUCCACGAUCAUGCAUCCACAGCAUCAGGCUUUCAUCAAAGACGGAUACACAAAUGUGCCCAGCGUUAACACCCUCAACGACCAGGAGUACGGUCAGAUGAGCGCAGCCACUGCCUCUGUGAGCACCACCAUUGGGAUCCUUCCUUCUCCUGCCACGCCACGUUUCUCAGUGCCCACUCCACGAACUCCUCGAACACCACGGGGGAUUAAUGCUGCGAGCUCUGGGCAGGGCUCGGUGAAGCAGGACGGUACUGAGCUCAGCUCACCGGUCUCAACCUCCACCAGCCUGCCACUCAGCUCUGUGGAUCCCUUAGCUCGGCCAGGACCCUCCCUUCCCGAAGCCCACAGCCUGUACGCCGUCCUCCUGCUUUCUGACUCCGUCCUCAAUGUUUUCAAGGAUCGUAACUUUGACAGCUGCUGCAUCUGCGCCUGUAAUAUGAAUGUCAAAGGUGCAGAUGUGGGGGUAUACAUCCCUGAUUCCACUUGUGAGGAUCAGUACCGCUGCAUGUGCGGCUUCAGCGCCAUUGUAAACAGGUUGCUGGCCCAUGGGACAGGCCUCUUCCUGGAGGAUGAGCUGGAUAUUUUCGGUAGGACUUCAGAGGUAGGCCGGGCAGCUGAGAGGAGGCUGGCUUUAUGCCGGAGGGACCCAGCUAUGGGAGACCCGCGAGCUAAGAAGCCCCAGGAUGCAGCCCCUGCAUCUCCGUUAGUCAUGGUACUUCUGCAGGAACAGUGCUCCCAGCCUAUUUCCUCCCUGGCGUCACUUCAUGUCCCACUCAGCUGUUCCUGUCACGGCCGCAAGGGGGCGCUGCUCCAAAGCUGGAUGUCUGAGAAGCAGUGGGCAGAUGGGAGCGAUGCCUGUGUGGAGUGUUACAAUGCCUUGGAACAGGGGCUGCAGUAUGUGGAUAAUUCCACAGGAGGAAAAGUAGAUCAAGCUGUUGUCAGAAGCACUGCUCUUCACCCCUGGCCUCACACGAAUGUGGUGGAGAUGAGCAUGUUGUCGUCCCAGGAUAUGGUUCGUAUGCUGCUGUCUCUUCAGCCUUUUCUUCAGGACGCCAUCCAGAAGAAGAGAACAGGAAGGACCUGGGAGAACAUUCAGCACGUUCAGGGUCCACUCACCUGGCAGCAGUUCCAUAAGAUGGCCGGUAGAGGCUCAUACGGUUCCGAAGAGUCACCAGAGCCAUUGCCCAUCCCUACAGUGUUACUUGGCUACGACCGUGAGAGAGACUUCUUAGCAUUGUCCCCCUUAGCGUUACCUUUCUGGGAGAAGCUACUACUUGAGCCUUAUGGGGGGCAGCGGGAUGUAGCAUAUUUGGUGCUGUGUCCAAACAGUCCCUCUCUGCUGGCUGCAGCCCAGGCCUUCUUCCAGGAGCUAAGCACAGUUUAUGAGACGUGCCGCCUUGGAAAGCACCGACCUCUUGCCAAGGUGUCCAGAGAUGGCCUCGUGCGUGUGGGGGAAGCGGUAGAGCCGGAAAAAAUGGAAGAGCUGGAUGUGGACCAGUGGUUGACAGGACCCUGGGCUGGACAGCAACACAACGACAACCUCAGCAAACUUAAACUCUACGCGUAUGCCUGCAAGCAGCAGCUCGGUCCCAAGCUUUCAAUCUUGCCUCUGGACAGCAGUCUUCUUGUACCUCCCAAACUCCAGCCGCCCGCAAACAACACAUCCUCAGCCCAGUCUGCCUCCUCGGGGCAAACUCCAUCUUGUGGACCUGAUGGUGAACCUGCUCCAGGAGCUGCCAGCUCGGGAAAUGUUCCAACCCCGAACGGGGGAACCUCAAGCCAGACAGGAGAGACAACACAAGCAGCAACCAGCGAUUCUAAAGGGCCUUCCACUGUCACUCCACCAGCCAGCACACCAGCAGAAAACCCUGAACUUACUUCAGAGCAGUCUAGAAUCGGCAUCCCAACCGUGCCCGACUCAGCGGACAGCCAUGCAAACCCACCAGCUAUUGUUAUUUACAUAGUGGAUGCCUUUCUUAGCUCAAAUGGAGCAAGAAAUGAAGGUGGAGAGGAGGACGAGUGUGACGAUAUGGAGGCAGGUAGCAUUUGGCUACUAGGGCUUCUUCGCUGUUACACAGAGAUGCUGCAGACUUUGCCUGAGAUGAUGAGACCUGCACUGGUGCUACAGGUGGUGCCUUGCCAGUACCUCCUCCAGCCAGCCAGUGGAGAGAGCCAUUUGUAUUUGCAACAGCUGCGCUCCAUGGCCUUCUCGUGUUACUCCCAAUGCAGACGUCUGCUUCCCCAUCAAACACACAUCAAGUCCCUGACUGGCUUUGGCCCAGUGUCCACUGUCAGUUCUGUACUUAACGGUCCAGAGCAUCCAAGUCCACGGCAGAUGUACUCUCCUCCUUUCAUCCUUGGUCCAACCCGUUCCAAGCAGCCGGAACCAGGGGAAAUGUGGGCCGAACCGCCUCCCAAAUUCAACGUGCUCUUCGUUGGAUACUGUCUGUCACAUGACCAGCGCUGGAUCCUGGUGUCCUGCACAGACCAGCAGGGGGAACUUCUGGAGACCUGCAUUAUCAAUAUUGAUGUACCCAACAGAUCACGAAGGCCAAAGGUUUCAGCCAGGAAGAUGGGACUACAGAAGAUGUGGGAAUGGUGUAUUGGCAUCAUACAGAAGACAUCGCUACCCUGGAGGAUUGUGAUUGGUCGAUUAGGCAGACUGGGACAUGGAGAGUUAAAAGACUGGAGCUCGCUCCUUGGGGAGCACUCCCUUCAUUCAGUAGGGCGCCAGCUGAGGGAGGCCUGUCGUAUUUGUGGGAUCUCAGCUGCUGACACCCCAGCUAUCCUCAGUGCCUGCCUUGUCGCCAUGGAGCCACAGGGCUCCUUUGUGGUCAUGCCUGACGCAGUGACAAUGGGCUCAGUGUUUGGCCGCAGCACUGCUCUGAACUUGCAGACGUCGCAGCUGAACACACCUCAGGAUGCUUCCUGUACACACAUCCUAGUCUUCCCAACGUCUGCCACCACACAGCUGGCACCCAGCUCCUAUCCCACUGAGGACAAUAAUGAUGACAUGUUUGAUUUGCCCUUUCCUGAUGAACUGGAGAACGACAUUGACCAUGACAUGAUGCUGAUCACGGGGAACCUCCACCCCUCCCCUAACACCUCUCCCGUGCCCUCGCCUGGCUCCCCGUCUGGGAUGGGAAUGGGAUCACAUUUCCAGCACACCAAGAGCCAGGGGGAGCGCUUGCUGUCCAGAGACAGUCCACCAGAGGAGCUGAAGCAGCAGCCGCUGGCUCUGGGUUACUACGUCUCCACUGCACAAGCAAACGGACUCCCUCACUGGUUCUGGGCCUCCUGCCCGCAGGCUGAGAGCCAGUGUCCACUCUUUCUCAAGGCCUCCCUCCACCACCAUAUCUCUAUCGCCCAGUCGGAUGAGCUGAUGUCAGAAAAGAUCAAAUGGACCCCUCACCCCUUAGACUCAAAGACCACCUCUGAUGUGCUCAGGUUUGUACUGGAGCAGUACAACGCCCUCUCUUGGCUGACUUGUACCCCUGCCACCCAGGACCGCCAGUCCUGCCUGCCGGUCCACUUGGCUGUACUGAUCCAAAUGUACAAUGCCAUCCUGAACAUGCUUUAGCUGUGGGACACUUCAAUGGACAGCUGAUGGUUCACUUUCUCUGUGCCUAUACGCUUCCUCCGUCUGGGCACCAGAGAGCACCAGAGCUCCUCUGUGGAUUUCAACGGCCAAAUUAAGGACAGAGCAAGUCAGACUCUCCCACGGCAGGAAUGUUAUGAAUGAGUGGGGUGAAAUGCUCGAACAAUUCCUUUUUAAGUGUUACUGGUUAACCGCAGCAGUUUGUACCUUCAAAGCUUGUUUUGUGGUGCUUUCUAAGGAUGAAGACGGACUUCUUCAUCCAACAAUGCUCCUUUGACUGACAUAUCACAACUUUCUCCUGAUCACAGCAGCAUUAUGUUCCACUUUGAGGUGUGUGUGGAUGACACUUCAAGAGAAGCUCUGUAUGAAACCCUCUCCUGUGGAAAGGGACGUCUAUGCAGGGCCACAUAACUCCAUAAUGUACAACCAGCAAAAACGGCAUGGCGACAAAAAAAAAAAACACCUGGCUUUGUCAAUGAUACUUUUACAUAUUGUUUUUGUAUAGAACGAAACUGAUGAGCUUCAUGGGGACUUGCAGUGGGGUUGUUAAAACCUUUUACCUUUAUUCUGAAAGGGGCAAACGUCCUUGUUCACUCCAAAGGGGGGGAAAAUUUGACAAUGGCACUUUUUUUCUUCACCUUCCGAAGUGUUGUAGAUACGAACACAAUGGAAAAUAUUUGACCAGUAAAGACAGAUGUGUUGUUUAUUAUGUCAGACAAACAUUUGCAAAGAAUUGAGACUUAUUUUUUAAUAUUUAAAGCGAGAAAAAGAGAAACUAAAACAAGCCUUUUUUCCCGAUUGACUUUGAAUUGUCUUGGGAUCUGAAAUAGAAAAAUGUCAUUUUAAUGCAAUUGUAAAGAUGCCAUAUUUAUACAAAGUAUAUCAUGUCAUAAAAUUUGAUAUCUAUGUGUAUAUAUAUAUAUAUAUAUACAUAUAUAUAUAUAUAAAUAUAUAUUACCUCUUCCAUGCAGGCACUUAAGGAGAAAAGGUGGUACAGUCAACCAUCUCUUUUGAAGUGGACACAGUAUGAACAUUUAUCAAAGACAUUGCAUUUGAGUUGAUUGUUUUUCUACAGAUAAUGAGAACUUUGCCUUUUUAUUUAAUGCGUUUAAAUUAAACAAGUCGAUGCAGGAGAUACAGUAUACUCUAUAUUUAUAACGUGUUUUUUUCUUCUGCUAUCAAAGAGAUCUUGAAAUAGGCAAUAUAAGACGAUGGCAUUGGAACAUUGCAAGGUUAUGAAAUAUUUUAAAAAGAGACUUUAUUUCAUUGGCUCUCCUAAAUGAUGUCAAACCAAUAGAAGGUCCUGUCUCCUCAACUUCACUCUGUCUGCUCUUUGUUAAGACUCCUAGCAUGUUUGUAUAUACACUUUUCCGCCGUGUCUUUUGGAAUUUCUUAAAGCUGUACAUUUCAUGCUGGUUGGUUUACUUUCAAGUGAUUCAUAUCAAAGUAUUUUAUUUUGCUGUGAGCUUUUUUUUUUUUUUUUGAUACAGUAUACAGUACAAAACUCAUAUUUACAACCGAGAGGUUAAAUUGCCAAGUGUACACAAAUGUACAGACGAGGGCAAGUUUGCAAAAAUUUGUUACAUCUGUCAUCACUUUGAAUAUCGAACAGAUCCACUUCAGCGGGAGGGGUCUGUUACUUUUACACUCUUUUUUAGUAAAUUAUUAAAACUCUUGAAAGCGA